AUGAUUUCAGCAGGUAUGAUUGCUCGUAACUUUGGAAAGAGAUUUUUCUCAACCAAACCAUCCGUUUUAAUCAAUAAACACACUAAAGUUAUCUGUCAAGGUUUCACCGGUAAUCAAGGUACUUUUCACAGUAAACAAGCCAUCGAAUAUGGUACCAAUAUGGUUGGUGGUGUAUCUCCAGGUAAAGGUGGUCAAAAACAUUUAGAUUUACCAGUUUUCAACACUGUCAAAGAAGCAAAAGAAGCCACAGGUGCAAAUGCUACCGUCAUCUAUGUACCACCACCACAUGCUGCCGCUGCUAUCAAAGAAGCUAUCGAUGCUGAAAUGGAAUUAGUAGUUUGUAUCACUGAAGGUAUCCCACAACAAGAUAUGGUUAAAGUUAAAUAUUUACUUAAUAAACAAAAUAAAACUCGUUUAAUUGGACCAAAUUGUCCAGGUAUUAUUAAACCAGGUGAAUGCAAGAUUGGUAUUAUGCCAGGUCACAUCCAUAAACCAGGUAAGAUUGGUAUCGUUUCACGUUCAGGUACAUUAACUUAUGAAGCAGUCGCUCAAACUACCGCUGUUGGUUUAGGUCAAUCAACUUGUAUUGGUAUUGGUGGUGAUCCAUUCAAUGGAACAAACUUUAUCGAUUGUUUAAAGAUGUUCACUCAAGAUCCACAAACCGAAGGUAUCAUUUUAAUUGGUGAAAUCGGUGGUGAAGCCGAAGAAGAAGCCGCCCAAUGGUUAAUUGAUAAUCCAACCGAUAAACCAGUCGUCUCUUUCAUCGCUGGUCUCUCUGCACCACCAGGUAGAAGAAUGGGUCAUGCUGGUGCCAUCAUCAGUGGUGGUAAAGGUGAUGCCAACAGUAAAAUUGAAGCUUUGAAAGCUGCAGGUGUUACAGUUACUUUUUCACCAGCCAAAUUAGGUGAAACUAUACUACAAAAAAUGAAUGAAAAAAAAAAUAAAUAA